ACUGCCCGGACAACAUCACAGUCUCGUUCCUCCACAAUGUCUUGGUUAACUCUCAUUCUCACUGGGGCGUUGCUGAUUGGUUCAUCGCUGGCAGAACCCUACUCCAACUCAGCGAAUCAGGUGGAGUUAGCGCCGGAGGACGAGACGCAGGAUGGACGAAGCUGCGUCACUUGUCAUGGCGGCAGCAAGACUCCCACAGUCUCCGCCUCUCUUGGUACUCUGGGUGAUCCUGGCACCUUCAUAGCGACGGGUACAGGAGGCGCCGACGGCGGCUUGGGUGGACUUGGUGGCCUGGGCGGCCUGGGCGGCUUAGGAGGUCUUGGUGGACUGGCCGGGGGUAUUGGCAGCCUCGGCACCGGCUUUUUUCUCCUGCCCAUCCUAGGAGUGGAAAUCGCAAUUCUGAUCCUGGUAGCUAUUAUACUGGGUCAUAUUAAGAAAAUUAGUGAGUAUGGAGAGACUGGUACUGGCGAGGCUAUCUACGCCGCAGUACCUUCCUACGGGGGUACUGGCGGCGCCUCGACCUACCAGACCUACGAGUCCGCUGCGUCAGGCGCCGGCGGAUACAGCAAGAGGUCCAUGGGGGAGGACAGAGGGUUCUCCUCGCCUUCCACCUACCAGCUCCUCACCAAGAUGGUGUCCAAUGCGAUCUCCAAGUACAGUGAUAUCGACGAUGACUAGUCCGCGCGCGGGAAGGAUAGCAGCAGGUAAGAGUCCGCUUGGCGACGCUGCUGAUGACUGCAUUGCUGCGACGCCUGACAGAUUGUGCCCGACCAUUAGUAAGCCCCUUCAUGUACUGGGCCUCAGAUAUGACGGGUAACUGCGGUAUUAAGACGGCACUUGAAGACUCAAAUAUACCGGAUAACUGGAGCAUUACGACGGUCAGAGACGGAAGAAGCUCCAAAUUCCGACCAUACAAGGACCACUAAUGUACACGUGAGAGUGACUUCGACUUCAUACUAGCUCACCAUAACGACUGACGUCACUCGCCCUCUCUGACGUUCGUUCGACCUCGCUUACAGCAGACUGCCGUACGCAUGCGCGAAGGAGAGCAAAGGGUGUUAUACUCGCUGCUUCAAGAAAGAUUAAGAUACAAGAUAAGACAGUCACGACUACAAAGAAUACAACCAAAUAAUUACUGAACACAAAAAAAGACUAAGUAUAUAGUAGACAUAUAACAAAUAUAAGAGACAAAGGAGGAGAAAACAGACCUUAGAAAUAAUGACUCGGACUUCAAUCGACGGGAACAAUGACAGUUAAAGAUUUUGACGCAAUGUUGUAAAUGACGACAGAGACAAAUACUUAAAAACGUGAAUUUAGACUUAAAACUUAGGUACAAAGACUUUAAGACAAAAACAUAACGAUCUGACGCCCGUUAUAAACACAUUAAUAAAAUUUAAUGAAUUGGAACUUGUUAGAUAAGACUGAAAGUUUGACAUAUUGGAACCUGUUGGAUAAGACUUAAAACUUGACAGUCUUCGAAUUAUUAGAGAAGACUUUAAGCUUGACAGGGCUACUGUUUUCUUUAGAGAAGAUAUAAGAAAACUUAGCAAACAGGUGUUUGUUUAAAAGACUUAACAUCACUGGACAAACAAUGCCAGUUAGUAAAAGACUUAGAACUUUACAAACUGAUACGUGACAUACUGUGCUGGGAACUGUUAGAACUUAACCAAACUUGACAAACAGGGUGGCCACAAAAGAGGACUUAUAACUAAAUAAACUGAUACCUGUCAGUUAAGACUUAUACAGAACUUGACACACUACUGACUACUAAGCUUAAGUCUUGGCUAGCGUGUGGGAGAGAUGACUUAACUAACUUGACAAAUCAACGCGUAUUACUGAAACAUUUAUCUUUACUACGUGUUGGCAUUUAUAUAGAAGGACUUUAAACUUUAAGACGUAGCACCCUUUACCGAAGACUUCAAACUUGACAAACUUUAAGAGUAUUUAUUAGAAAGGAUUCAAACCUUUUGAAUCAAUUGGGAUGAAAUAGGAUUGAAUCAAAGGAGUCAAUCCUAUUAAAGAGGAUUUAAAUUUUAUACAGACUAUCCCGUAUUACAUAAGACAUGAAACUUGGCAAAACAGAUGACUUAAAGACAUGACAAACUAACACUUGAUAGAAAAGACUUGGAACAACUUGACACCUUUUAGUAUGUUAGACUUAACAUACUUUGGUUAGACUUAACUAAACUUGGAAAACUUUCGCCAGCUACACAGGACUUAAACUCUUGAUAGCUUAAUGUCUGUCAGAGAUGACUUAAAGCAACUUGACAUAUUAGUCAUUGUAAAAGAAGACAUAAUAACUUUGACAAACUGUCACCCGCUAAAGAAGACAUAAAACUUGACAGCCUGGGACUAGUUAUAGAAGACUUGAAACUUGACAGCCUGUCACCUGUUAUAGAAGACUUCACACUUAACAAACUGGCACGUGUUAGAGACGACUUAAAAUAUAGUCUAGUGCCUGUUAGAAGACUUUUCAAAACACAAAGCGGAUUUUAAUCUUACAUUCUCGUCGUGGCUGCAAACAAAAAUUUUUAAUUAAACUAUUUUUAAACAAACUGACUCUUGUUCCAGAUAACUUAAGUAACUUUACAAGACAAGGAUUUCAAGGCAGACGUCUUAAAGAUAGAUAUGCUGUCUAAGACUUAACUGACGAACACAUUAUAACUCUUUAGCAUACUUAAUAACCUUAGGUAAUUCAAGACUACAAUUCUUGGACUUCAAAAAUUAGAAUUCUUGGACUUCGAAGGCUAGAAUUCCUGGACUUCGAUGAUUAGAAUUCUUGGACUUCGAAGAUUAGAAUUCUUGGACUUCGAAGACUAGAAUUCUUGGACUUCGAAGAUUAGAAUUCUUGGACUUCGAAGACUAGAAUCCCCGGACUUACGAAAACACUUGGAAGACAGACUAAAAUAAUAACAGAUGACAUGACUCAACUACACCAUACUAAGAAAACGAGGCAAAUCACUGACGAUGGACUAACUACUUAUCGCAAGGAGACAGCACUCUAGUGCAGCACUAGCAAGCUAGUGACAAUCACCUUGGUUCAGAUUUCUGACCGAUCAGUUAUAUUGUCACGAAUCUUUCUCAUUUGUGAAUGAACAAUCUAAAGACCGAAUAACAACGACAGUUUAAAACUGAAGACGUUUAUGGAAAAUGUUUAGAACUUUGUGAUAUAUAUUUAUAGACGUUUGUGACGCUCUUGGGAUGUGUCUGGAUUUGAUAUGUUCCAAAAAGUACUGAAGAAUAGUGACCAUAUUUUAUAAACACAGUCGACGGCUAAUAUGUUUUGUGUGUUUGUGUAUAUUUGAGUGUGUUUAUGAGUGUUAAUUGUGUGUGUGUGUGUGUGUGUGUACUUACAUAUCUAAAUAAUUUAUAAUGCAUCCCUAAACAUUAUAUA